GGGUGUCGUGCAGGUUUAGGUGUGCAUGGGCUGGGCUAUUUAUAGAACUGCUUGUGUAGCUUAGCUAAGGCGCGUUUGCGUCAAUCGACAAGCUGCUACGUCAAUUCUUUUUCACAAUUCAUUGCAGGCGGGCAGCCAUGGUGAAGCUAAAGCUCCCCCCGCAACCCAGCAUCGCCAUCAUCGGCGCCGGCCCCGCAGGCCUGACGACGGCCCUCCUCCUGCACGCCCACAACAUGGCCUUCACCCUCUUCGAGCAGCGGCCGCAACCCACGCUCAAAGCCCUGCGCGCCGAGCAGCCGUCGUCGGGCCUGCUGCACCUGCACAACCACAGCGGGCUCGCCGCCCUCCGCGCCGCCGGCAAUCGCGUCUACGCCGACUUUUGCAACCGCGCCCUCGCCACCACCAUUACCCCCACCUCCACCUCCGCCUCCUCCACCGCCCGCCAGAUCUCCCGCCUCGGCCUCACCGCCCUCCUCCUCCACCACCUCCCCCCCGACUGCAUCCGCUGGGGCCACCGCCUGCGCAACACGCGCCGCGCCCCCGACAACAGCCGCACGCCGCACGCGCUGCGCCUCGACUUCGGCGAGGGCAGCCGCCAGCCCUUCGACUUCGUCAUUGGCGCCGACGGCCGCGCGUCAAAACUCCGCGCCAUCCUGAGCGGGCGGAUCCCAAAGUCGGCGGGCGUGCGCGUCCUCAGCCUCACCAUCACCGGCUUCGAGCAGGCGUAUCCGGAGCUGGCGCGCGAGGUCGACGCCGCCGGGGGUGGGGGCUUCGUCGCGCGCGGCAAGCGCGUCGCCGUCGAGGCGUUUCACUACCGGCGCGGACAAGGUGAGCCCGCCGACGUCGCAAACGUAAACGUCUACUUCCGCUGGCCGGCCGACGCCGAGGCCUUCAACGCCGUAUACCCUUUCUCGACGGGCACGGCGGAUCCGGCGCGCCUGGCGGCGACGACGGCGCGCCUGCUCGCGGCCGAGGAGUCCUUCUACUUCCCGACGGCGGCGCAGCUCGUGGCGGCAGGCUUCGAGGAGCUGGCCGCCACGGGCGUGCUUGCAGACCCGUUCGCUGACAUCGCCGCCGACGACGCCGACGCCAAUGCCAAGGCGCCGCCCCUGCUGCGCCCUUUGCGCGCGCUCCCCGCGACGCACAGCUGGGAGCCCCGCGCGGACGCGACGCUGCUCGGCGACGCGGCGCACCUGCACGCCAGCAGUCCGUGGAGCGAGAUCGGGGGGAGCGAGGGGGUCGACCUCGCCAUGCGCGACGCGCUGGAGCUGGUGGGCGCAAUUGUGCGGGCGCGCGAUAGGGCGGCGGGGGUGGGCGGCGCUGGGGACCCCGCUAAGGACAAGGAUGCGGAGGAGUUGGAUGAGUGGCAUCGCACGUUGCGAAGAGAGGCGAUUAUUAAGGCGUUGGAGCCGGAGGUUGCGAAGUUUGAGCGAGAGAUGAUGCGGAGGGCGCGGAAGAGUGUGGGUGCGGGCAUGGGGCAUGAGGGGCGGAAGAGGGUGGGGAAGGGCAUGGGGGACGAGGGACUGGAGGGUGCGGUGCUGGGUUGGGGGCGGGAUGCUGGGGGAAGGAGAAAGGCUGUGGGGCGGUAGGUGGGGGGUCAAGAAAGUCUCAGUAAACAGUUGUUCCAGUCGGUAGGUAGCUUCGCGCUCGUAAAACCUUCGAUCGUACACGAACACCAACAAACA